GAUAAGGCUGAUAAAUAUCCUACUUUCCAACAAAACAAACUCUAAAGGCUUUUACCACAGCUCUGACAAGACAAGUUGACUGUGCUGCUGAUAUCAUGCAGGGGCUGCACAAACUCCUACUUCUAUAUGUUCUUACAGGUCUCGGACAAAAUGGACAUGGAAUCAGUGGAGGAAAAACAGUCCCAAAGAGCAUGAUGCAGUACAUGGUCUCACUGCAGGAUGGACACGGUAAACACCUAUGUGGAGGAUUUCUUGUCAGUGAAAAUGUUUUGAUCACAUCUGCAAGCUGUGACAAACGGGAUCCUAAAGUUGUUUAUUAUGGUGUUCACAACUUGGAAGAAAAGACAAAAUAUGUCAAUAUUGAGAAAAAAUGCAAAUCCAGUGAUUCUGACAUCAUGCUCGUCAAAUUGACAAAGAAUGUUAAAGCGGACAAGGUAAAAACCAUUGAAAUUCCAAACUCUGAAAUAGAUUUGAAAGUCAACCAACGGUGUGUUGUGGCUGGAUGGGGUCCAGAAGACUGUAAGAAAGGUCCAGUGAAAGAGCUGAGAAUGGUGAAUGUUUCUGUGAUCAACUGUCCACACAAUGUGAAAGACAUCUGCACAUGUGAAAAAGGCUUCUGUGAGAUUGACGCUGGUGGUCCUCUGGUGUGUGACGAGAAAGCUGUUGGUGUGGUGAUUUUCGACAAGAAGCUUAACAGAGCCACAAUUGCCAAAAUAUCAACAAAACAGAAAUGGAUCAAAGACAAAAUUAACAAUCUAAGUUGGAAGGACUGUUGGUAAAAUACAUAAAUGUCUGUCAAUCAGUUUCUUCAGCUUGUAUUAAGAUGCACAAAAGCAUUUUUGUGAUGUGCUUUUGCAGUGUGACACAAAAAGCAAAAAAAAAAGAUUUUUCUCUUUCUUUUGAUUUAAUCUCUUUUUAUAUGUUUACAAAAUGUGUAGUAAACGACUGUGUAUGUAUUUCAGUUAAAUUCCAAAUAAAUUUCUCAAAGUGUUUGAAUGUU